AUGGAGAAUAAAACAAAUGCUGCAUUAGAUUUAUCCACUCCUCAUAAUGUUCAAAGUCAGUUGGGCCCACAGCAAACAAAGGCAUUUGAAACAAUGCAGUCGAUUGCAAAUCUAGCCAAGAAACAAGGGUUGCCAUCAAAAUCGUUAGCUCUAACUGCAUCACAGGCUAAUGUUUUCUCUACAAUGUCUAAUAGACCUGCGAACACAUCUUUGCCACAGAUGUCUGAUGUCCAGGCUACUAUUCCUUUUAAACCAAAGAAAAAAGUUAAUGUGAAACUUAAGAAUGAAGUCUCCAAUGAAGACAAUGAUAUUCUUAGUGGUGGUAAAAUUAUCUUACCCAAACGGAAAUUAAGGGGACAUAAAAACGAAGAUGACAAGAAACAAGGUUGUUCACCAACCAAAGUUGCAAAAGUAGUUGAAGACUAUGAUGAAGAAGUUAAUAAGGAAAACUCAAAUGAUGGAAGUUGCAAUAUUAAUAAUUCACUGAAACCAUUAGUUAGUCGUGAAAACGAGAUCACGUGGCUCGAGAAUUUUCUAAUGGACUGUCUAGACAAGGAGGAAUCUGCAUCUUUAUAUAUAUCUGGACAACCUGGUACAGGAAAGACGGCAAGUUUGACGUACAUUUUAAAUUUACCAAAGAUUAAACAUGGAUAUAAACAAAUUUACCUUAAUUGUACAAUGAUGAAGUCUGCAUCGGCAAUUUACAGUAGAAUUUGUAAAGAGUUGCAAAUACGAACAUCGGGCACAACAGAGAAAGCCAGCCUCGGCGCUAUCGAAAAAUAUUUCAACAAGAAACACAAAAUGAUGCUGCUCGUGCUGGACGAGAUCGAUCAGCUGGACAGCAGGCGGCAGUCGGUGCUGUACACGGUAUUCGAAUGGCCGGCGCAGUUCGCGGCGCGCGUGGUGCUGGUGGGCGUGGCCAACGCGCUCGACCUGACGGAGCGCACGCUGCCGCGGCUGCAGGCGCGCUGCUCGCUGCGGCCGCGCACGCUGCACUUCGCGCCCUACUCCAAGCAGCAGAUCGUCGACAUAUUCGUGUCCGUGCUGGCCGGCGAGGACCGGAGCCAGGUGUUCUCGCCCGUCGCGCUGCAGAUGCUCGCCGCUAAAAUCGCCGCCGUUUCAGGGGAUAUGCGAAGAGCGCUUGACAUCGGGAAGAGAGUUAUCGAAUUGGCUAAACGCAACAAGUUCCCAGAAAACCAAUGUGUUGAAACAAUUAUGAGAGAUUCAAACGUGACUGUAGAACUGAAACAAGUGUUAGAAGUAUUAAACGAUGUCUAUGGCGGAGGUAGAAAAAUAGAAAACGAUGUUGAGGAUGGCUUACCAAUGCAACAGAAGUUGGUGCUGUGCAGCAUUUUGCUUAUGUUAACCAAAGGAAAAAGUAAGGAUUUAGUCAUGGGGAAAUUACAUGACGUCUAUAAGAGGGUGGCUUCGGCGCGCAACAUAGCGCCGCUAGACAUAGGCGAGAUGGUGAGCGCAUGUUGCCUGCUGGAGGCGCGGGGGGCGCUGCGCCUCUGCGGGCCGAGCGGCCGUUUGCGUCGCGUUCGUCUCAAUUGGGACGAAGCCGAGCUCGUAGCGGCCUUGCGCGACAAGCCUCUCCUGUCCGCCAUUUUGAACGAUUACGAGGUACGCUACCCACAGCACUUCCUACGCGUUGUCACGGAGACUCUUGUUGACAAGGAAGCCUUCGCCACCCUGAGACUGUUUGUCGCCCUCUCU